UUUGAAAAUUAAGUUUGAAAAUUAAAAAAACUGCAAAAACUACAAAAACUCAAAUAUAUAUACUCCUAUUUAAAUAGCAGCAAAUCAAUUAAUAUUACCAUCUGCAUGACUACAUUUCCCUUAAGUUCAUUAUAAGGUAUCAUAAGACAAUUACAACUGUAUAUAAAAUGUAAUUUAGCUCAAUAAAACCUCUCUUCACGUGCAGUGCUAGUCGAUUUGUAUAUCAAAUUCUUAUUUUAUUACUAAAUUAUACUGAAAUAAAUUCAAAUAUUCAUUGAAAUCUCAGAUAUGUGGUCCAAUAGCAACUGUAUAUGCGAUUUGUUAAGGAGAAGAGAGGAAUGUUUAACCAGGAAGUAAUAAUUGUUGCAACAUACAACGAAACUCAGACCAAGUCAGACCAACACAUGUCAUAAAUGAGUGCAAUGUUAUCAGAGGCAAUUACUAUAAUGAGUUAGAGAUUUCCCUGAACUACAUCUGAUUUCUUGGAAUACUCCUGUGUUUUUUUACUACAAAACCUUACAAUACAUUAACAUGAUUUAUAACACUUAUAUUACAUACUUGAAACUGGAAGAUUAAGAUUAGAGAAUCAACAACAUAUUUGCAUUUUCUGAAUCUAUUUCUAGAGCAGAACUGUAAUGUGGGUUAAAGAAGAUCUGUUCAUGAACUGCACCAGAUAUGCUAUAGUUUGACUGACAUGAACCGGUGCAUACGUUUAGAUUUUGUUUAGUCAGGGUUAUGCUUAUGUACAACACAACAAUAUAUUGUUUUGUUGUUACAUUUCUCCAGUCUUGGAGCAGAAGACAGAGCCGCCCUUCUCCUCCUCCUCCGUGCACUUCAGGCUCAGCUGCCUCUGCUCCACCACACUUGGUCAGACAUGGCAGGCCAUCAAAAAAUCAACUUGUUCCCACUCCACCUGUUCAAAACACUAUUAAUCUGCUGCCUUCCAAUAAAAGGCUUGGCUUUCAGAGAGGAGCCAAUAGGAAGGCAAUAAAGCUGAGAGACCCAGGCCAAUCCCAGGCUGCAUUCUAAUGUGGCCUAUCUUUAUCAAGGUGCCACUCCAUUUUCAGAUACUGCUUAUUUAUGAUUUCUGAGGGGAGAGCCAGCAGGAGGCACAUUAGAAGAACACUAAAAAUCAGUGUCCAGAGGGCUCGCCUGAGACUUCAGAUAUGGGAUUAUCACAGACCACACUGUGGCUGAGAAGAGGUGUAUCUGCUGCUACACUGUUUCUGAUGUGGUAGCAACUUUGGCAAACACCAGGGACUUUGUUAAAAUUGCUAUUAGCACUCUUAAUUACUUGAAUAUCUGGGGACGGUGGCUGGGAUCCCAGAUUCAGGCAUUGCCUGUGGGUGAGAGAACUCCUUGUGGGCCCAUCAGAGGUCUUUUCCUGCCUGGAUCUUGUUGGAUGUGUUACUGAGACCUGGAGGCAGAGUUACAGUACUCCCCAUGGAUCCAAACAUCCAGGGGUCUUUCCUGUUCAACAACAGCCUGAACCAGUUCCCCUCGGACCUCAAGGCACCAGUGUGCCAGUACUCAGUGCCCAACUCUUUCUACAAGCUCAACCCGGGCCUCAACAGCCAGCUGCAGGCAGGGACCCCUCACGGCAUCAGCGAUAUCCUGAGCCGCUCCAUGAUGGGGAUGGGCUCCACGGGCACCACCACCCUGCUGUCCGGAUACUCCACCGUGGGGGCGUUCGGCCCCUCCGUCACCGGCACGUCCAUGUACUAUAACCGAGACUACAACUCCAACCUGGGCGGCUUCUCCAAGCCCAGCGCCGAGUGCCCCAUGAAGGGUCGCAGUGUGAGCUGCUGGGCGGAGAGCGGCUGUGACUGGAGAGGAGGGAGGCAGCAGUGCACCAACAGUAAUGGUCCUCUGGGGGAGAUGUCAGGCAGGAAGAAACACACCAGGCCAACAUUUAGUGGACAUCAGAUAUUCGCUCUGGAGAAAACAUUCGAGCAGACCAAGUACUUGGCCGGGCCUGAGAGAGCAAGACUGGCUUAUUCUCUGGGCAUGACUGAAUCACAAGUGAAGGUGUGGUUUCAGAACCGACGCACCAAGUGGAGGAAGAAGAGCGCCUCAGAGCCGAGCUCCACGCAGACCAGCCACACGGGGCAGGGCGGGGAGGCCUCAGAAAACGAGGUGGAGGACGAGGAGUAUAACAAGCCUCUGGACCCCGACUCCGACGACGACAAGAUCCGACUGCUGCUGCGCAAACACCGCAGGGCUUUCUCCGUCCUGCGCCUCGGGCCGCACCAAGUCUGACAGACUUAAUGCGCGCACACACACACACACACACACACAAGCGCGCUUCUCAGCAGGCCUGCAUGCUGUAAUAAAAGUUAUUAGUUUUGAAUACAAAGUUUAAUGAAUGAGCAUGUUCAGAAGAGGUCAUUUGUGGUCAUCCAACAAACAGGUUCAACAGACAAACAGGCUGUUAAAAAUUAAGCUAAAAAGACGUUUACUUUUAUAAGUUACUGUAAGAAAUGAUCUCUGGUCUGUUUAA